CGUUGCCCGGUGUAUUGUGACUGAGCCAACCCAAAAACCCACGUUCGAUUGAUUCCACCCCUCGCACGAUGGGCCGCAAGGAUAAAAACAAAAAGAAAGGCAAAGGUGCCGAAAAGACGUCCAUGAAAACGGACAAAAAGCUGGUGGCCAAGCAGAAGCGGCUGCUCGCCAAGCUGGGUGAGGAGGACAUCGAAAACAUCGUCGCCAAGUACGAAACGAAGGACACCCGAUCGUCGGAUCUGACGGAAAUCGUGUGUCCACCGCCAACGGCCCGGGUAAACGUGGGCAUCUGCGCCCAUCCGGCGGAUCGGGACGAAAUCUUCCUGCACGGGGGCGAGUUCUUUAACGGCCAAUCGACCACCAUCUACGGUGACUUCUACUCGUACAGUCCGGCCAAGAACGAAUGGAAAACACUGAAAUCAUCCAUCUGUCCGGCGCCACGCAGCGGCCAUCAGAUGGUAUCCGUCGCGACGGACGGUGGUCAAAUUUGGCUGUUCGGGGGCGAGUACGCGUCACCCUCACAGCUUCAGUUCUACCACUACCGCGAUCUGUGGGUGUACCGGAUGGCGCAGAAACAGUGGGAGAAGCUGAACGCACCGAACGGACCGAGUGCCCGGAGUGGCCACCGGAUGGUUGCCACGAGGAAAAAGUUGUUCGUGUUCGGUGGGUUUCACGAUAACAACGCUUCGUACCGGUACUUUAACGAUUUGUACGCGUUCUCGCUGGAAAGCUACACCUGGACGAAGGUGGAACCGGCUGGGGUGGCUCCACCGGCUCGCUCCGGAUGCUGUAUGGUAGCGAACGCGGACGGGAAGAUUCUCAUCUGGGGUGGUUAUUCGAAGGCGACCGUCAAGAAGGAAGUCGAUCGUGGGACAACGCACACGGACAUGGUUGCGCUUGUGGCCGAUAAAGCGGAUAGCAAAAGCACCACCGGUCAGCAGACGUACAAGUGGACGAGUGUUAAAGCGAAUGGGAAAAAGCCAGCACCACGAAGCGGAAUGGCUGUCGCGUUGGCUCCGAACGGGAAAGCGUACGCACUUGGUGGUGUAAUGGACACGGAGGAGGACGAAGAGGACGUCCGGGGGUUGUUUAGUAACGAGCUGCACGCGCUCGAUACGGCCAGUUGUUCCUGGCGAAAGCUUGAACUGGCGGCGAAGACUCGCAAGAAUGCCGGAAAGGCCUCGAAUGACGGAGUGAAGAUGCAGGACGAACCGAAAAAUGAUCCUCCCACGGCUGAUGCUAAAGUCGUCUCGGAUGAUGGCGUUUUCACGAUGACAGUGGGAGGAAGUGGAACCGUGAGUGCGAAAGGAGCGACCAAAACCGCUGACUCAGCUGACGGCGAGGUGCUUGACCUUGGUGGUCCUUCGCCGAGGAUGAACGCUGCGACGGUCGUGUGUAAAGGACACCUGUACGUUUACGGAGGUUUGUUCGAGUCCGGCUCAAGACAAUUCACCCUCAGCGACCUGUAUUCUCUCGAUCUACACAAGCUGGACGUUUGGAAGACCCUCAUUGCAAACAGCUUAAACUCCAGCGAAUGGCUCGGCUCGGAUAGCGAAGGUGAUUCAUCAGACGAUGAUGACGAUGACGACGACGACGAUGAUGAGGAAGAUGACGACAGUUCGAAUGAUGAUAGCGAUGAAGAUUCCUCCGAGAUGGACACGGAGUAAAACUCCGGGUAGGGGAGCGGGACAGUCUCUCCGAUAACCACAUAAACCUUAAUGUGAAUAAAUGUUCCGUCUGCUUGCAUUUCACGAAGAGUUUAGUUGAAGAGCAAUAUCUUAGGGGUUUAUUCACUGCGCAACGAGGAAAUUGUGGCGCCUCUUAGGAGCGAAACAUACAUUACUCUGCUACUUUGUCGAGAUUAUCCACCGCCCGCAC